AUGGUCUUCAAACUUUACCACACCGCUUCUCUGUUCAUGGGUAAAAGGUGCGCCUAUGGACGCCUCCAACAACGACUGUUUGAAGACAAAAUUUAUAGAGUUGUUGUCAUACGAUCGGCGCUAGAAUACGUGAAAGAUCAAGUAAAUCAAAAAAAAGAAAAAACAAAUCAAGAGAAAGCAGAUCAAGAACCGCCUCUUGAUUUUCCAACGCCAGUGGAUAAAUCGCUGAAACGCCUCGCCAACAUUAAAAAAUUUAAAAGCCAUUUAACAACGUUCUGUGAAGAGCGUGAUCUAGAAAUCACAACAGUCACAAAGUGUAUAGGUGGUCUUUACCACCAUACAUCCAAAUUCCUUCACGGACGGAUCCCAUAUCCGGUCAGGCUUACACAGCUUGACUGGAAUAAAACUGAAAUAAUGGCAUUGGUUGCCAUUUUUGAUUAUUUUCAAAUUCCUCACACAUAUCGAACGUCGCCAAAGCCAACGAAUGGCAAAAAAAGAGAGGCUCAAAAACCAAGACAGUCUAAUUGGGAUUUUCCUGAAUUAUUGGCCUACGGAGUCGUUCUUGAGAUAGUUGGAAGCCAAGAACUUUUAACAAUGGCAAAUCGAAAUGCGGUGGUUUUAUUUCAGGGGCGUUUUCUUGAACAAUCGGUGAGCCAUCCUGGAAUUAUCUACCUCAACUCUGGGCUGAUAUGA